AAUCAUUCAUAGUAUUUUUAAUUAAAAUUUAAUAAUCCGUGUAAAUUAGUUUAAUUCUCUGUAAAUUAUCAUAAGUUUUCAAGUUUGACAUUGAGUCAACUUUUCCCCGUUUAAAUCUUUUUAAUAAAUUUAAAUAAUUUUAAUAGUUUUACUAAGUUUUCAUUUUUAACACCUUAGGCUGUUGAUAACUGUAAUAUGAUUGAUCUGGUGGCUAAUAUCUCUAGUAUCAGUAUUGAUAUGACAAGUAUUAGCAUAAUUAAAAUAAGUAUGAUGAAUAGUAAGAUGAUAUGAAAGGAUUAGAGGAGAAAAUAAACGAUAAUGAGUGGUUUUUGUAUAAUUUGGAGCGUCCGGCUACGCUGAGGGAUCGCAUAACUUUUUACUUUCAUACGCGUUUUAACAGACGGCCUUACAAAUCUAUUCGCUGUAUAUCAAAUAAAGGCGGUACACUACCCAAACUUUUCCUGUACAAUGGACUGGUUAAUUCGAAGUACAACUUCUUCACAUUUGUUCCACUGGUUCUAUAUUCACAGUUCAGGGUGUUUAUAAACUUGUUUUAUUUGUCGAUGUGUUUAACGCAGUUGGUACCGAUUUUACGUGUGGAGUCUCCGAUAGUUCACUUGUUCCCACUGAGUCUUGUGGUUGCCGUUUGCAUGUUGAAGGAGGGCAUUGAGGACUAUAAGAGGCAUGUGCGUGACAGGGAACAUAACACUCAGAAGUUUUCAGUGUACCAGAAGGAUGACUAUGUUGACGUGAGUGCCGAGAGGUUGAAGUUGGGACAGCUGAUAACUUUAAAACAGGGUCAGAGGGUCCCAGCAGACCUGCUAUUGCUCAAGACGAGUGAUCCCAACGGUGCCUCAUUUGUCAGAACUGACCAGCUUGAUGGGGAGACUGACUGGAAACUAAAGCGAGCAGUAGCGACAACUCAAGCCAUGAGCACGGUGAAGGAGAUUUUAAGCCUCUACUCAGUAGCAACGGUUGAAGAACCCAAAGAUGAUUUCUACAACUUCACCGGUAAAAUCUGUUUCUACCACACUACAAACUCAGUUGACCAAAGUAAUCAACUUGAUGAUGAAAAUUCCGUGAAUUCGGAAACAAAUUCUAAACCAGACCCCGGUACAAAGAAUACCGUUGAUAGUACCCCUGAACUAAAUAAUUCAGAUAACACCAAUGUGGAUACUAAAUUGGAUACUGUGGUGGAUACUAAGGUGGAUACUAAAUUGGAUACCAAGCUGGAUACUGUGGUGGAUACCAAGGUGGAUAAAUCGAGGAGUAAAUCAUUUAGAAAGAAAACGUCAAUAGAUGUGGAGAGUAAGUUGGAGAGUAAGAGAAUAGUGGAAUCAUUAAAUGUGGAUAACAUAGUGUGGAUGAACUCGAUAGUAGCCAGUGGGACAAUUCACGGGUUAACGAUAUACAUAGGGAAAGAUGCCAGGGCAUGUCUAAACUCAAAGCGUGCUAAGAUGAAGUACGGGUUGUUUGAGAAGGAGUUGAACCGUUUGUUCAUUGUCCUGAUCUUGAUCAUGUUAGUAAUGUGUGUGAUGAUGCUUUGUCCCAAUGGUUUCAUGUCCAUGUGGUACGUUACUUUUCUUAAGUACUUGUUGUUGUUUUCCACAGUUGUACCCCUAUCACUUAGAAUUAGCCUGGAAAUCGCAAAGUACGUGUACAACAGAGCUAUUGUGUUGGAUAACAAGAUACCGCAAACAAUGCCCAGAACUACAAUGAUCCCUGAGGAACUGGGCCGUAUCAACUAUCUACUCACUGACAAAACCGGAACACUCACGCAAAAUGUGAUCUCACUAGAGAAACUGUACAUCACAAGGGGUUACUACACUAAUGAAGAUGUUAACAUUAUUAAAGAUAAAAUCACAAAUAUACCCAAUACAUAUGCAAGUAGCGGUAACUCUGUGAGUUCUUCCAGUGGUAACACAGUAAAUAGUGUGUUGUGUGAAGGUUCGGAACUUGUAAUUAUAAAUAAUAAUAAGUUGAAUGAUAAUUUGGAGAAUCGGUUAUACUUGUCAUUGUUAUCACUGGCAGUGUGUCAUAAUGUAAGGCCGAUUUCAGAAUCAGAAACUGCCUCUGAUCCAGUUGAUCAACCAAAUAAUAGUGAAAAUUUGGUUAAUUUACAAAUAAAUCCAUCAGAUCAACUUCAUAAUAUGGAUAGUAACACGGGAUCAGAUAACACACCGAAGCUCGAUAGUAUCGCUGAUAGCCUAGUUGAUAGUAUAAUGGACAGUGUGAUGGAGGAAGUGUUGGAGAGUGAUAUGGAUUUUCAGGGAAGUUCACCAGAUGAGAUAGCGUUGGUAAAGUUUGCAAAUCUGUGUAACGUGAAGCUGGUGGAGAGAGAUGACUAUAAAAUGAUUUUAAUGGUGAAUGGGAUUCCUUUGAACCUGAGGAUUCUGUUCAUGAUCCCAUUCAGCAGUGAGACUAAGCGAAUGGGGAUCAUAGUGGAGGACGAGUGUGGGCGAAAACAUUUCUUUCUCAAGGGUGCAGAGGUGGUUGUGAUUCCAAUGCUACUUCCCCGUGGUAGUGUCUGGCUCUCAGAGGAAUGUGACAACCUAGCACGCAUGGGACUGAGAACUCUUGUAUUUGCAUACAGAGCUAUCUCAGACUCAGAGUACGAUAACUUUGUCCAAAAGUAUAACGAGGCUAAUUUGAGUCUGUAUGACAGAGUGAAGAAGAUCAGGAAGGUCACAGGAACUCUAGAACACGGAAUGCUUCUUGUGGGUCUAACCGGCGUACGUGAUAAACUCCAACGUAACGUUGGGAGUACUCUAGAGAGCCUCAAGAACGCUGGCAUUAAAAUCUGGAUGCUCACCGGUGACAAAAUCGAUACCGCCAAGUGCGUCGCAAUCUCAUGCGGAAUGAUCCAAAAAAAUAAUUCAAUUUUUCAAAUCUCAGUAGACAAACUCAAACAACUCACACCUGAAUCUGGAGGAGCGCCGUUGGUGGUUGGGAGUGGACCUCCGAUUCCGGAGAUGAUUGAGUUCAUAAGCAAUUUUAACACUGACGAGAAUGAUGAUUUCGAUGCAAUCGGGCUGUAUAACGUAUACCUUAACUCGGUGGUCCAGGUGAUAACAUACGAGCUCAAUACGUUCAUCAUGGGCCCAGUUAACAAGACGCUGUUGAUACUAGACUCCUUCGUGAUCAACAUCGCAGUCAACAACUGUUUCCUGGGAGACAAUGCAGAGUAUAACACAACUUUCAAGACUCUGAGGAGACUGUUUGUGAAGUCGCUGUUGCUGGCUAACAACGUCCUGUUCUGCCGUUGUACACCGCAGAUGAAGGCAGACAUUGUAAAGUUGCUCAAGAGUGAGAACAAGAUCGUGUGUAGUAUAGGAGAUGGAGAUAACGAUGUUCCGAUGAUUUCAGAAGCAAAUGUAGGAAUUGGAAUAGUGGGUAAAGAAGGGCUCCAAGCCUCACUUUCGUCCGACUACUCACUGGUAGAAUUCUCUCAUAUUAAGCGAUUGCUACUUUGGCACGGACGAAACAGUUACAAGCGUAGCAGCACAAUGUCAAAUUUCCUAAUUCACCGUGGCGUUAUCAUUAGUGUCAUGCAGGCGAUUUUCAGCACAAUUUACUACUUCAUGCCAAUCGCUUUCUUCCAGGGCUGGCUACUAGUGGGAUUCACGAGCUACUACAACAUGAUCCCAAUAUUCUGCCUGGUGCUUGACGAGGAGAUCUGUGAGGAGGAUGUGAUGUUGUUCCCAGAACUCUAUGUGGAGCUGAAGAAGGGACGAGAACUUAACAUUAAAACAUUUCUGAUUUGGAUUUGGAUAAGCAUAUUCCAAGGCGCAAUUCUCAUGAUAGGAGCCAUAAUUCUCUUUGAAAACUCACUUGUAUCGCUCAUCUCAAUUGGCUGUACAUCACUGUUUCUGCUGGAAAUACUCAAUUUGGUGUCUGAACUGCAUCACUGGCACAGGUUAACCAUCAUCGGACUCGUCUGCACUUGCAUCGUGUACUUUUACUCACUGCUGGUUUUCAGGAAUAACUUUGAUAUGGAGUUUAUCGCCAGAAAGUCUUUCUUCUGGAAAGUGCUCGCAAUCUCAAUGCUCGGCUGGCUCCCAAUCUACGUCAUCAAGUACCUCACCAAAAUACUCAAACCGCCACAAUACAUUAAACUCAUUGUUACCUAAUCUCAUAAACAUUUUA